ACAUUUCGCAGCUAGUAAGAAUGCCCCGCCGCGGCGCCGCGUGCCUGCCGCCCUGUAGUAAACAGUAAAGCAACAGCAUUUUAAAUAGGUCGUUCCCUGAAAAGUGCCUGGAAAUUUACAAAAGGAGCCUUGUUAUUCCAAAAGCAUGGCCAACGAGAAACAUAUGUCAUCGCAAGAUGUUUACAACAUGUCCACAUGGGUUGAAGACAACAAAAGCUCUUUUAAACCCCCAGUUUGUAAUCAACUUAUGUAUGGGAAAGGCCAGCUGAAAGUUAUGUUUGUUGGUGGGCCAAAUUCAAGAAAGGAUUAUCAUAUAGAGGAAGGAGAAGAGCUCUUUUACAUGCUGAAAGGUGAUAUGUGUCUGAAAAUAAAAGAGAGAGGGCAGCCAAAGGACAUUAUCAUUAAAGAGGGCCAGGUAUUUGUUUUGCCAAGCAGGAUUCCACAUUCCCCGCAAAGAAUGGAAAAUACUAUUGGCUUGGUUAUAGAGAGAGAAAGACUGGAAGAAGAAUCAGAUGGACUAAGAUAUUACUGUGAAGAUGGGGUGACUGUACUUUUUGAGAAGUGGUUCAGAUGUUCUGAUCUAGUAAAAGAUUUGCCCCCAAUCAUCAAAGAAUAUAUGCAGUCAGAUCAGUUUAAAACGGGAAAACCUAUCCCAGGCACAAUAAGUGAGACUCCACCAGUUAAGAUCGAUACCACUACGGAGGUGCACAAGCCUUUCGGACUAGCAGAUUGGAUUGAUAGCAACAAGAAAGAAAUACAGCCUUCGGGAACAAAGGAGCUGUUUUCAAAGGGAGAAUUCAAGGUUACAGCAUACGGAGGGGGCAAGUUUGAUCAUGAAAACGAGGGAGAAACAUUUCUCUGGCAAACUGAGGGCGAAUGUCUCCUAAAACUUGAAAGUGAGCAAAGAAAAUUGAAGGCAGGUGACGUUACCCUUGUUCCGGCUGGGAAGAAGUUCACCAUUGAAAGACAAGAUAAUUCGAUUGGACUUACAAUAAACAUGGAUCCCAUGGCUGCCAAAAGUAAAUGAUUUACAUUUAAUUCGCCUGGACUAUGAGGACAAUAAUUAAACAGAAGUUGAUGUGUGACGUUGCUUCUUGCGUGCAAAGUAUGUUUUGACCCUUUCGUUUAGUUUUCCGAUCUCUGUCUUACAGAGCGUAGAUCGUGUCUGCUUGCUCUUUCGAAAAAUAUACUUCAGCUAGUAGAGAGCACGUUUUUCUUCUGUAGGAGCUCAAUAUUUAUUUUGUGUAAACUUAGUAAUUCUUGAACUAAUUUCUGCUUUCAUGAGAAUUUCAGUAGCUUUGCUUAUUAUUUUUUGUACCUAGAUCUCUUAAAAUACCGUUUUCUUGGACCAUUUGGCCAAAAUUUGAUAGAAAUAUUUGCCGCUGUUGUUCUAGCUUUUAAGGUUCUUUUAAUAUUUUUUAAUGUAUCGUCUGGCCUAGGCCCUUCUUAAUUCUUGGCAGGCCCAUGGCAAAGGCAAACUACCAGUCAUUCCCCCUCUUUUAGAAAAUGAUAGAUUCAUUUUAGAUUUUACAGAGAAGGCUGAAAUUUUUAAUGACUAUUUUUUAAAACAAUGCAGUGCCUUUGAUACUGGCAGUACCAUUCCUCAAAACUUUCUCCCUAUUGCUCCGCCACUAACCGAAUUUACCAUCUCUGAUGAAAAAAUUCUGAAGAUCAUUCGGUCAUUUAACCCAAAUAAGGCACAUGGUUGGGAUGAUAUCUCAAUACGCAUGAUUAAACUUUGCAAUGAUGCGCUAUUACUACCCCUCAAGGUGAUAUUUGAAAAUUGCUCAAACCAAGGUUUAUUUCCUGAAAUGUGCAAAAAGGCAAAUGUAGUUCCAGUCCACAAAAAGAACCAUAAGAGCUUAAAACAAAAUUAUCGUCCGAUUUCCCUCCUCCCAAAAUCUUAGAUAAACUUCAUACUAAUAGUUUACUUAACCCAAACCCAUCGGGGUUUCGCUCAGGUGAUUCAACAAUUAACCAGCUCCUUUCAGUUGUCAAUUCUAUAUUUCAACCAUUUGACUGCAACCCCACUCUAGAAGUUCGUUCGGUUCACCUUGAUAUAUCUAAGGCAUUUGAUCGGGUCUGGAACGAGGGUCUUCUUCACAAAAUGCGUCGAUGUGGCAUUUCCGGUAAGCUGCUUUCACUGAUGCAAAGCUUCCUUGCUCACAGAAAGCAGCUUACUGUUUUAAAUGGCAAAACAUCUAAAUGGGGUGCUGUUACAGCAGGAGUUCCACAGGGCUCUAUUUUAGGACCCCUUUUCUUCCUAAUUUACAUAAAUGACUUAACGGAUGGGUUGAAGUGUAAGGUGAAACAAUUUGCAGACGAUACCUCCAUUUUCACUGUCGUUCACUAUCAAAACGCAGCCGCUGAAAAUUUGAACCAUGAUCUGAAACUGAUCAAUCAUUGGGCUCUUCAAUGGAGAAUGUCCUUUAAUCCAGACCCAACUGAGCAAGCGGUGGAGGUGACUUUCUCAAAAAUAAGAUGUCCAGUAAAUCACCCUCCCAUACUUUUUAAUUAUGUCCCUGUCAAGAACGUCCUGUAGCAAAAGCACCUUGGAAUUAUAUUAGACUCAAAACUGUCCUUUCCAGUCACAUCAAAGCCAUUAUUUCAAAGUGCACACAAGGAAUAGGAAUGUUCAGAUUUCGUUCAAAAUAUUCACCACGGCAUACCCUAAAUGAAAUAUAUAAACUGUAUGUUCGACCACAUUUCGAUUAUGGUGACGUCAUAUAUCACACACCAAGCAAAAUUUGCGAAUUCAGCCAUCGCGUCACCCUAACCAAUCAAAUGGAAAACACUAACAGUGACAGGUGUUUGGAAAGGUACUUCUCGUGAGAAGCUGUAUGAUAAGCUUGGGUGGGAAUCGUUAAACCUCCGACGAUGGAGUAGACGUCUCAUCUUCUUUUAUAGAAUAGGUAACAACCAAACACCAGAUUAUACGAGACAUCAAAUUCCAAAUCUUCAAGAAUCCAAUUACGACCUUCGCAGACGUAAUAGAAUUGGGCAAAUAUGUGCAAGAACAAACAGUUUUAAACAAAGCAUCUAUCCCAACUGCUUGUUGGAAUGGGAAAAGCUCGAUCCUAAGAUUAGACAAUCGAACUCGGUAAAUGUUUUCAAGAAAAAAUUGUUUUCCAUUAUCCGUCCACCUCCUAAACCAGACUACAAUAUUCAUGACCCAAAUGGCCUAUCCAUCUUAACGCAGCUACGUGUUAGACUCAGUAAACUAAAUUUCCAUAAAUUUAAGCACAAUGUUAAUGACACUCUGAAUCCAAUUUGCCCGAUAAAUGACAGUGUUGAGGACACGGAGCACUAUUUUCUGCUCUGCCAUAAUAAUAAAGUGGAUAGAUGUGAUCUCCUCAGCAGUGUAAAUGCGAUAUUGUUGCCUCAUGGUCUGAUAAAUCUUUCAAAUGGAGAUCUGCUAAAAAUCAUCCUCUAUGACCAUGAAGAAUUACCACUCGAAUCAAAUACGAAAAUUCUCGCUGCAACGCUAAAAUAUAUACAGGCCUCUAAACGUUUUGAAUAAAUUGAUGAUACAAACAACAUAUUUCCUUUCUCCUCUCCUCUUUCUAGAAAUAGUUUCUACUUAUUCUUUUCAUUCAUUUUGUAUCUUUAAAUUAUAGUUAAUUUAGUGUUAUAUGUUGAAUGUAAAUUACCACAGGGUUGCUAUGUAUUCCCAUGCUCCCUGCGGUAUCCUCUGGUAUAUUUGUGUAUGUUUUGUAAAAAUUUUGUAUGAAUAUAUAAAAAAAGCCAAACUGA